AAGAAUUCAGAAUAUAUAAUUUUUGUAGAUUAAACCGAACUAAUGAAAGAUGAGAGAGAGAGGUAAAGAGAGGGUGAGAGGGGUAAGAGACGGACGACGAUCACGAGCAAGGCAGUCGAUACUGAAUCAAGAGCGUGCAGGAUCUAGGGGAAGAAGCCGACUCAGAAGGAGAGAAACAGAGGAACAGAGACAGAGGCAACAUGACCAGAACUGGGCUCAGCAGUGGCAAAAGGAGGGACAAAGGCCGUAUAACCAGAACCAGGCUCGGCAGUGGCAAAAGGAGGGACUUUAUGAUAAGGGACUGUACAAGCAAGCUACGCCUUUUUUCUUCUCCAACUUUCCGGAUGAUUGGGGUUAUGCAGACAUGUGGAAAACAUUUGUAAAGUUCGGAAGGGUGUAUGACAUUUACAGUCCAAAGAGAAGAAGCAAGAACGGAAGUCGUUUCGGGUUUGUGAGAUUCCUUGAAGUUAAAAACAUAGAGGAACUGGAAAUGCAACUUGAUCAGAUCCGGGUGGGAGGGCAAAAAUUAUGGGUGAACACACCAAGGUAUAAUGACAUGAAGGGGGGGGGGGGGGAGCAGAAGAAGUAUCAUGAGACAAAGCCGAACAUCCAAGACAGAAGCUACGCUGAGGUGGUGAAAGGUAUGCAAGAAAGAAGACUGAUUGAGGGAAGCAAACCUAUGAUUAAUCAAGAUCGGGAAAGAAGGCCAGUGAGAAGCAGAAUCAGAACCGAAUCUGGACACCGGAGAUCUGGAAUCAGAAAGGUUUGGCAGGAAAGAGGACAGGGAGAAAAUUGGGCAAGGAUUGAAUAUAAUGUAAAACCUGAAGAUUGUGCAUGGUUAAAGGGAUGUUAUGUGGGAAUGGUGCACUCCGUUGGGAUGGUUCGAAAUCUUCAGGAGAAAUUUUACAUGAAAGGCUACUUUCCCUGUCGAAUUCGGGCCAUGGGGGGCAAGUUGGUUCUAUUAGAUUGCGAAGAUGAAGAUGAACUGAAGGACCUGGUAGAAAUGGCCUCAGAUUGGCUAAACCAAUGGUUUGAAAAUGUGCGCCCAUGGACACCAGAAGCAGUCGCAAAAGAGAGAUUUGUAUGGCUUAGAUGCCAAGGGGCACCAUUGAAUGUAUGGGGACCGGAGUUCUUUGAAAAGAUGGCUAGUUCUUGGGGAAAAUUCAUAUGCCUUGAUGACAAUACAAGCAAAAGAAUGAGAUUUGACAUCGCAAGAUUCUUAAUCUCAACUCCGAUCAAGAACACAAUUUCAGUUCUUCGACAAAUUAAAGUCAAUGGGAUCAUCUACAAUAUGAAGUUUUCAGAGGAGGAAUUUACCAACAGUUUCUUUUCUUUGAAACAAGACUUCCUUCCGGCAUUCCAAAGUGAUUCAGAAGAGCAUGAAACAUGGUCCACGGAAAGUGAAUGGGAGAAUCAAGAAGCCGACAUUGCGGAAGUGAAUGAGCAGGCUUAUGGAAACAACACUCAGGUAGAAGAUGAUGACGUGGCACAGGGGCAGGAAAGGGAAAAAGUGAAGUUUCGAAAACAAGCCAGAAGGGAGAAAGAGAAAUUGGUAGUCACAAUGGAGGACAGCCUGGAACAUUUUCAAAUUUUGAAUGAGACAGAAACUAGAAUAGGGGUAGAGAAGGAGGUGCAGAUACAAAGGUUUGCUGCGAUGUCAGGAAAGAGGGAUGAAGUGGAAGGGGAGCAGUUGGGCCGUAGUGAACAACCCAGGAGGAAACAAGGGGAUAUUCACUUGGGCCUUGAGGAGCAGUCCAGUGUUAAUCAGGACGGGAAGCCCAACACACAUAUUGAAAAAUCAGAUGGUGAGGAAUCAACAAAUGCGGGCUGGACUCAAUCACAAAAGAAGACGGAAAAUAAUAACCCAGCAAUUAUUGAAGACUCUUCUGGAAGCAAGGAGGCUGCGUUUGUCACUAAAGGGACCGAAGAUAAGGAUCCGUUCUGGAGAGGAUAUGAAAGAGAACAGGGAUGCAUAGAAGAAUGGUUGAGCAGGCGAGCAGGAGAAAGCUCAAAGAAGAAAAAAAGGAAAAUCAAACUGUACAGAUCGGUCCCAAACGGGAAGAUCGCGGGCGGCUCUAUGGGAGACAACGGAAUCCAAAACUGCAACAGAGGCCUGAAGAAGCAAAUGCAAAACCAGCUAGCAAAGGAUAUCUGGGAUCUUGCAAAACAGUUGGGGGCAGUGGCAGAGGAUGACAAGGAGAUAAUUCAAAGAAUUGAGGAGAUGGAGAAUAGAGAUAGCCGAGCAAAGUCGGUUAUGGAAAAUCACGGCUCUGGGAGUGAGAAGAAGAUUAGGGAGUUAAUUAAGAAAGAAAAAGUAGAGUUUCUAACUAUCCAAGAAACUAAGUUGCAAGCAGUAGAUAGUAGGAUUUGCAGAGGGGUUUGGGGUUCAGAGGAUAUGGAGUGGAUCUCAAAACCAUUGAUGGGCUUAUUGGGUGGAUUACUGUGUAUUUGGAAUCCUAAAGUGUUAAAGAUGAUUGAGGUAAUUGAGGGGAAUAAUUUCAUUGGGGUAUACGGAGUUUGGGGGGAGAAAAAAAUACCAGUGCACAUUCUAAAUAUUCAUUCUCCUUGUCAAUUGGUGGGUAAGAGAGCUUUGUGGAAAGAAUUGCAGUGUUUGGUCUCUAGUAGAAAUGGAAAUUGGUGCCUGACAGGUGACUUUAACGCCAUAAGAAGUAUAGAGGAAAGAGCAGGUUGUAGGGGGAUGUCUGCAGAAAUGAGGGAAUUUGAGGAAUUCAUACACAGUGCUGAUCUGAUUGACUUACCGUUAGUGGGUAGGAAGUAUACUUGGUAUAAUUCCAAUGGUCAAUAUAUGAGUAGAAUUGAUAGAUUCUUGAUUUCGGAAGGAUGGCUCUCAAACUGGGGUGAUGUGAAACAAUGGGGCCUGCGGAGAUCAGUGUCUGACCACUGCCCGGUCCUCCUGAAGGAUGAGAAGAUCGACUGGGGCCCUAAAUCAUUUAAAUUUUUUGAUGCAUGGCUGGAGCAACUCGGAUGCAAAGAAACGAUCAGAAAAGCUUGGAAUUCCAGUGAAGUAUAUGGGGGGAACGAAUUCAAGCUGAAGGAGAAACUGAAAAUAACUAAGAAGGCACUAAAGGAGUGGAGCAACAAUUCAAUAGCAGAUGUGGAUAGCAAAAUCAGGGAAUCGGAAAAGAUGAUAGCAGUAAUUGAUGAACAAGGAGAGAGAUCCACGUUGACCAACAGCGAUGUUGAAAAAAGGAGAAAUUGCUUUCUUGAUCUAUAGAAGCUCCUAAGAAUCAAGGAGAGAAUGUGGCAGCAAAAGUCAAGAAUGUUAUGGUUGAAAGAAGGGGAUGCGAACACAAAGUUCUUCCAUAGUGCUACAUAUCUCUACGUCAGUAUGGUGUACCUGCCUUGGUGGGUGUUAUGCAUUCAUAUUCCAUUUCAUACUUGUUGACACUGCUUAGUCAAUUUUGUUCUGUACGUCAUUGUUCUCAACUGAAAGUUGAAGGUCAGCAGCAAUUUGUCCUAUGUUGUGUUGUUAUCUGAUUGCAAGUUGGUUUGCAGAAUUCUAACAGGGGUAAGGAUUAAUAUUACAAUAGAUGCUGACGAUCCGUGCUCUUUGCUUCAUGUUUGUGGCAGCAUGAAACCAAGAAUUAGAACUGCCUUAACAUUCUACUGCCAUCUGCCAAAUGGAGACUCUCAUUUCUCCAUCAGCAGCACUUCGGGCACCAAAAUAGGGGGAACUUAGUGUUAAUAUGUUUACCAACAACCAUUGUUGCAUGUAAAACUAGCCUACCAGUUUUUAGCAACCGUGUCAAGGUGUUUCUUUACUCGUUCCUUUAAAUAUUAUGCUGUUAGAUAUAGUUUCAAUUGGUGUCUUUCAUAUUUAACGUUAAUCGUUCUUUGCAAGUCUUUUCCAUUUUGUCAUCAACACUCUACUGCAAAACAACUAAUUGGGCAUUUAGCCCAGUCUGUAGCCAGUACUUCUGCCUGGAAUUGGAAACGACCACCCUCUUUCGCACUCUAUAAAAUUGUUUUGUAUAUGGUAUGAGAUUUUUAUUUUAUAAUUCAGAUAUUAAAUGAAGAACUUGGUU